AUGCAUUUUGAACUCAGCAACCGUAGCGACGGCCCGCUACGUGUCCCUGGGAUAAAUGGAAUUCCUUUGGAAUAUGAGCUACCCGUCGGUCAGCGUUUCGCAUAUGGGGUGGCCGACUGGCGGCGGGAUCCGCGGUUGACAAAGCCUGAAAUGUCGAUGCUUCAUUUCAUGGAGUAUGUCACGGAACAGCCUGGCUGGGAAGAUUCUAUCGAAUCGGAUGUGCCAAUAAGGGAACAAUGGCAGCAAAAGGCCUUUUCCACGUUCGAUCUCACUCCAAGGGCGUGGGAAUGGUGUCUGGCCGAGCUAAAAGAUAAAGCCCAGGAGUCCAAGAGGACGGGUUACGUUAUUAUCAAAGACGGCGACUCACCUGUUGCCAAAUCAGACACAUUAGUGCCAUCUAGUCUGCUGCAAAAAUUACGACAGCGAUUGCAACCACUGCUUGACGACCGGACACCUUCAUUUGGUGAAUCGGGCAAAUCCAGUCCGCUACGCCAUCUGGUCGAUCCAUCAUUAUAUCCCUUGGUAUACGAAAGGACUCAGGUCCUUGUUGAUGGCGGACGACACUGGCUUGAUCCUGCCGGGCCCUCGCCUCAAACCAGCGUUCGAAAACUUCCUCGCCCGACGAUACCCCCUGAGGAUUCAUUUGAUUUUCUCACACCAAAAACUGACUAUGAAAACCCAUAUGGCCAUAGAGACGAUGAGCGAGGAGAAACAAAAGUAUCGUUCUUCUCUGACAAGUUUCAGUGGCUUCCUUGCGAAGUGGAAUUCCCGGACGGACCUAGGCGCCCGAGGAUUAGUUCUUACAUCAAUAACCUUCCUUGGACCCAGAAUGGAGCAUACGAAGCGCUUGAAGAACUUCUUGCUCAAGUGAUUCCGCUCUGGAAUGAGGCAUUGGUUAUCGGAAACCAAGGAAGAAAGCCAAUGCGGAUUCGUACAUAUGAUAUACCCCAGCGUCACAAAGAGGAAGCAAUUCAGAAGCGGAAUGAUCUGUUCGAGUUGUACCGCUCUCGAAGAUCAGCCUUCACCGACCAACAGUGGAGUGAGCUCUGUGCUAAAGUCAAGUCUUACCUUGCCCUCCCCGAAUACGACAACCUGAAGGGCCUUCGUGUGAACAACAUGCCAGACGAAUUUCCCCCCGAUAUUCUCGGCAGCUUGACGGAUGAACAGUGGAAUUCGCCCAAAACUCUGCUAAAAGCUGUGGAGGAGAAGUUUCGCCGUAGGAAUAUCUUUGAACUUCCCGAGCCAGGCAUUAGUUUCACAUACGAGGAAUGGAAGCGAGGAAAAAACACCAGUCGGCCGGUGAUGCAUCGUGUGAACGUCUCUGAGCCUAACCAGCCUUUUGACCCAAUUCCUGACCAUGAGUACUACAGCGUCAACUUGUCAGGUAUUGGGGAUGGGCUUCAGGUCAUUUUCAAAGUGUCUAGCGUUGAUGUGACACCAGAGAGACCUUCCUACGAGGGAGUCUCCGACUUCCAAGUAGCCGGUAUGUUGAACGAGCGGAUUGUGGCGACUGCUCUGUGCUACUAUGAUGUUGAGAACAUCGGAGGGGCCCGGAUCUCCUUUCAACAAGAGGCCCGCAUGAAUGAAUACGAGUUCAAUUUGUUUCAUCCGAACAAGAUCGAGCUGGCUUGGGAUAUCCCACACUGGGACUACUUUGCGAGACCACCUCCAUCUCCGCAAGCCCUUCAGGAUCUAGGUUCCAUUGCCACUACCAGCAAUGGCCGGUUACUCGCCUGGCCCAACACCUUACGUUACAAGGCCGAACCAUUCUCGCUCCUUGAUUCUUCGAGACCAGGCCACCUUCGGUAUAUUACGAUUCACCUAGUUGAUCCUCACUACCGAAUCUGCUCCACCAGGAACGUUCCGCCUCAGCAGCAUGACUGGUGGCCCAAGGCAAGGGAGAUGUCCAAUAAUCUUCAUGGAGCACCACUGCCGGAGGUCAUGGAUACGCUACGUCUGCAGACGCAAGUCUUGCCCAUGACUGCACAGGAAUCUCUUGAGGUUCGCAAGGAAAUAGAUUUGGAGAGAGAAAAAGCCAUGGAGAAGUUGCGUAGUGGCGGUGGCACAGGGGACUACACGUUUCAAGAUUUUCUAGUGGUCGCAACUGACGGCUUUUCUCCAAAAUAUUAG